GAAUUACUCACCGUCUACUAAGACCCUCUCUCACAGGUAUCCCAGGGAGGAAAUCCCAUUGGAAAAAGCGGCAGCAAUGACGCCCAACUGGCAGUUUUACGGCACCGGAGCGAAUUCCUGGCGACCAACUCAGGCGGCAAAUCUCCACUUCUUCGUUCAUCCUGUCUGGGGUCUCUGUUGAUCUUUCUUUUCUGCUUUCUGCUUUUGUUUCUCUCCCUCUUUCUGUCUCCGUCUCCGUCUCCCCUCUCGGUUUUGAUCAUGCCUAUGUUGAGAGGGUUCGAGUCCUCCUCUGGCAUCUCGGGCAACGAUUCCGGCGUGUACACCGGAAUCACGGGGUCGCUCGCGAGAAGCAACAACGGAGGGGCGGCGACGAGGGUCCAGUACCGACCCCAACUGGGCGGUAUCCUCCUAGACCCGUCGUCUACCCUCCUGUCGAAGCGCCCCUCGCCCGACAUCGACUACCAGUUGGUGAGGAAGCAGCCGCGGAGCAACCACUCCCCCUGGAUAUCCGGUUACUCUGUCCCUGCCUCAGAUCGCCCGAGCCCGUUUCCGGCUUAUCAGCAGCAGCAGACGCCCUCCGGGGGGAUUUGCGAGGAUAGCAUCAGGAAUCGGUUGCAGGAAUUGGAGCGGGCUCUGCUUGAUGACGACGACGACGGCGGCGUUGGCCACGACGAUGGGGGCCUUGAGUCGGAGAUCAUCGACGGCAGCAACGAUUGGAAGGAAACGAUGCAAAGCCUCCUCUCCUCCUGCUCCUCGUCCCCAUCGCCGCCUCCAGCCUUCUCUCCUUCUCCUCCCUCUGCUUGCUCGUCGACGUCGCCGGCUCCGAUGCCGUCGGCGGAACCCAAGCAGCUCAUCCUGGACACCCUGGUGGCCCUUUCUGAAGGGAGAGCCGACAAUGCUCUCGCGGGCCUUGCCCGCGCCCGGCAGCUCUGUAACCCCCGUAGCGGCGAUCCAGAGCAGCGUCUCCUCGCACACGUGACUCGAGCGAUCGCGUCGCGGUCGAACCCACCGGAGGUCCGGGCACCGGGAGCGGCGGAGCUUUCCUCGCCGGACCACCUCCUCGCCACCCAAAUGCUCUACGAGGCGUCCCCUUGCUUCAAACUCGGUUUCAUGGCCGCCAAUCUCGCCAUACUCGAAGCCGUCCGCGACCGAAACAGGAUCCACAUAAUCGACUUCGACAUAGGGCAAGGAAACCAGUACGCCACCCUCAUCCAGGCCCUCGCCGAGCGGCAGUCCGGCCGACCUGCCUCCCUGAGGAUCACGGCCGUUGUCAUCGACGCCUUGGCCAACUCGGCCGGCGCCUCCGGGCUGAGGAUGGUCGGUGAUCGCCUGGAGAAGCUGGCGGAGCGGUAUGGGCUCAGGUGCUCGUUUCACGUGGUCAGCGGAUGGAGGGUGGGGGAAUUGAAUCGGGCUAAACUCGGGUGCAGCAGCAGCUCGACGGCGGGGGCAGGGGAAGAGGAGGAGGCGGUGGCGGUGAAUUUCGCGUAUCGGCUGUACAGGGUGGCAGACGAAAGCGUGUCGACGGAGAACCCGAGGGACGAGAUGCUGCGGCUGGCGAGGGGGCUGAGGCCGGUUGUGGUGACGAUUGUGGAGCAGGUGAUGAACGGGAAUACGGCCCCGCUGGUUACUCGGUUCGGGGAGGUGGUGGGUUACUACAGGGCGCUGAUCGAGUCGUUGGAUGCGACCAUGGCUGGGGGUGGCGGAAAAGAAGGGGAGGAGAGGGGGAGGGUGGAGGAAUGCCUCGGCCGGAGGGCGGCCAACGCGGUGGCCUGCGAAGGGUGGGAGAGGGUGGAGAGGUGCGAGGUGGCCGGGAAGUGGGGGGCGAGGCUGGAGAUGGCCGGGUUCAGGCCCAGGCCCUUGAGUCCCCACGUGCAUGCCCUGCUGCUGGCCAAGCUCAGGUCGUAUCAGAAGCCCGGCUUCACCCUCAAGGACGACGCCGGUGGGCUCUGCUUCGGUUGGAACGACCGGGUCCUGACCUACGCCUCCGCGUGGCACUAGCCGUACCCUAAUGCACCAACCUCUUCCAUUCUCUCUCCCUUAAUAUAAUUGUUACUACAAAAUUGUUGUUUAAAUCAUCAUACCCCUUGAGUAUGAGAAGGUGAAAAAGAAGAUUAGUUUAAA